AUGAAGUUUAUUGACGAGCUGGAUUUGGAGGUUGUAAAUCAGACGCUUAAUUUUGAAACGUCCGAGUCUAAGAUUACAGGUGGAUGUGAUAUAUUUACUACGAAGGCUGUAGCUUCUGAUAAAAAGCUAUACAAGACUAUUGAACGACAUUUGGAUUCUUUACUCCAAGAAAAUGACUCCUAUAAUGCAGCGGUGAAGCAGCAGAUUGAGUUGGAAAAUAAUCAACAAGGAUUAAAACAGCGACAUCAACCGCAACAGCCAGAACAACAACAACAACAACAACAACAACAACAACAACAACAACAACAACAACAACAACAACAAUGGCCACCAACAGAACGAACACUUGAUUUGGAACAACAACAGUGUGAAAAUGUUACAGGUAACAGUAGUUCAUGUUCUUUUUGGGAGCAAAAACGUAGGAUGUCAGUGAGUGAAGGUCCCCAGCAACCUGCACCAGUUUUUAAAUCACACAAGUUAAACGAUCAAGGAUUGAAAGAAUUGGUGUCAACAUCGGAAAAUAAUGGGUAUCUAAGUUCAUCAAGCGUUGAAUCCUCUCAAAAAGGCCGUCUGCGGAGGACCAGCAGUGCUGGUAGUGCGCAUGGGGAAAUAAACGUCACCAGCUUUCGGAAAAAGAGGACUAACAGUAUUGAAAGCAAUCCCACUACCGGUUCUAGAGGAUCUAGAUCUCCUAUUUCUUUGAGGAGGCCAAGUAUCACUAAAGAGUCUAUAAAUAUUGGACCAUUUGGCCCAAUAAAUGAAACUGCAAGCAGAAGAACAUUCGCCUAUUUAAUAGGCAUCCUAAACGCGUCAUACCCGGAUCAUGAUUUCACAUUGUUAGAACCCACUGACUUUAUAAGAAGCUCUAUGAAACAGCUGGUUUCUAAGUUUGAAAAUUCAGUUAUAGCUUUGGGUAAACAACCCCCUGAGUGGAUUUGGGAAACUAUAAACGCACAUAUGGACCUAUCCGAUUGCGUAUUUUACCAGUAUAACCCUCAGAAAUCAUUUUUAGAUGAUGAACCUGGACAUCUGUGGUCGUUAAUGUGGUUCAUGUUCAAUAAGAAAAGAAAAAGGGUAGCAUUUUUCUAUUUAAGCGCCUUUAGAUUGAAGAAUUUGAAUGGCAGUUCUAUUACCCUUGAUGAAUACGAUGGAAGCACCUCCAAGAUGAAGUAUAAUGAGAAACGUAGAAGAAUGACCAUCGAACAUGAAACCAACGAUUUUGAAGGCGAAUAUGAUCUAACAUAUAAUUCAGGAGGGGAUAAUGCUAUUCAGGAUGAUGGUGACGAUAUGGAUAGUGUAGAUUCGAUCUAA